CCUGCUGUUUCAUUCUCAUUAUUUCAAACAAAUAAUCAGCAGAAGGGAUCAGAUUUACAAUCCGAUACUAAAAAGAGCUAAGAUGAAACCCAUUCUUCUGCAGGGCCAUGAACGGUCCAUCACACAGAUCAAGUACAACCGAGAAGGAGACCUGCUCUUCUCCGUGGCUAAAGACACAGUGGUGAACGUGUGGUACUCGGUGAACGGAGAGAGGCUGGGCACCUACAAUGGGCACACUGGAGCCGUGUGGUGUGUGGACGUGGACUGGGACACAAAAAAUGUGUUGACGGGCUCUGCAGACAACAGCUGCCGUCUGUGGGACUGCGAGACAGGCAAACAGCUGGCUUUUCUGAAGACAAGCUCGGCGGUGAGGACCUGUGGCUUCGACUUUAGCGGGAACAUCAUCAUGUUCUCCACAGACAAGCAGAUGGGUUAUCAGUGUUACCUCAACUUCUUUGAUCUCCGAGACCCAUCUCAGAUCGAGGACAACACCCCGUACGUGUCGGUUCCGUGCAGCGAGUCAAAGGUCACCAGCGCAGUGUGGGGUCCCCUGGGCGAGUUCGUCAUCGCUGGGCACGAGAAUGGAGAAAUUAACCAGUUCAGUGCCAAGUCAGGAGAGGUGCUGAAGAAUGUGAAGGAGCACACCAAGCAGAUCAAUGACAUCCAGACGUCCAUGGAUCUCACCAUGGUCAUCACUGCUUCGAAGGACAACUCGGCCAAGUUGUUUGAUUCAACGUCGCUGGAUCACAUCAAAACCUUCAAGACCGAGAGACCGGUGAACUCCGCCGCCAUUUCCCCCAUCAUGGACCAUGUAAGAGAUCUUCAUGUUAAACACCAUCUUUCAGUCACACCACAGCACUUUUUUGUUUUGCGGAAGUUUCUCUGGAUCUCCGCGCUUGCAUUGGUCUUGGAUAAGUUACUCUUCCCACCCCCGGCUGGUAAAUCAUGUUCCAACGCUGAUGGACAAACUCUGCCAGAUCCUGUGAGAUUUCUCUCCCUGUGUCCCUCUCCCAGGUUUUUCCACGCGGCUUUUGAAGAGGAGUUCGGCAGAGUGAAGGGACACUUCGGCCCCAUCAACUGCGUGGCGUUCCAUCCGGAUGGAAAGAGCUACAGCAGCGGUGGUGAAGAUGGUUACGUCAGGAUCCAUUACUUCGACCCCCAGUACUUUGAGUAUGAGUUUGAGGUUUAGUGCAGCCAUGUGGAAGGCUGAUUCCUCUCUGUUAACUCAACGUGAAAAGCAGUGCAUUCUCAAUAAUGCAUCCAGCAGUGACAGAAACUAUUCUCCAUGGCUCAUUCAGAUUCAGUAUGGCGUUCAAUACUAUGCCCCUUUGGACUCUGCAAAAAAAAAAAAAAGGAUUUUCACACCUUAUUUCUGUUUUUCCUUUCGUUCCUUGUACAGCAGCUAGAUUGCGUUCGGGGGAAAAUCAUGCCUUGUUCAGAAUGGAAGCAGAAGGGGUUAAAUUAAGCUUCUGCUAAUGUUCAUUAAUAAACUGAAUUUCAGUUGCAUUUUGCCUUCUUGUAUUAUCAUGUCAUGCUGGUAGGACAACAGGCUUGUUUCUGGUUUUGGACACAUUUGUCAUACGAAAUUCUACAUGUAGCUCAUUUCUGAAUGGAAUGCACUUGAUGCUUUUUCUUAUGUGGCUGGUUGCAAGUUGUUUUUUUAUUCAUGGGCUGGUCUAGAUUCAGCAACACGGCAGCGGAAUAUCUGCUGUUUUGUGAUUUCUGAGCUGUCGGUGUAGGAGAUGGGUGAUGAGAAAAGUACUGUCUUUUCUCUUUGGGGAUUCAGAAAGGUUGCUGAGAGGGAGAUGUAUCACAAUGUGUAGGAUAACGCUCAUAUAAAAAGAGCAAUGCUGGAAUCCCAGGUAUAUGAGCAUUUAGAAAGUUGCUUGCCUUGCAGCGUAAGGUAAUCAAAGUAAACAUCUUUGCUGAUUGCCCUAGUUUUCCGCGUUUUGUAUCAUGAAAACCGAAAUUGUAAGCAUUUUACUCCAGAAGGAGAAUAAAGCUUUAAGGAAAUUCA